UUCAAAUCCUAAUGGUACAUAAAGAGUGGUCUGAGUAUUUUCAUUCCUUGUUUGUAUUAAUCGCUUGCUUAGUUGGAAGAGCGCUUUUUCGAUUUUACUCGUGAUUCACUGGUUAGGGCCGGUAUCAAAGAUGUCUGGAGGCUAUCCCGUUUUGGAACUUUCUGCUGAAGACCUUCGGCUAAUGCUAGCUGCUCAGGUGCAUGUUGGUGAAACGACCCUAAAUUUUCAAAUGGCCAACUAUGUUCAUGGUCGUACAAAGGAUGGUUUUCAUAUAAUAAAACUGGACAAAACAUGGGAGAAAAUUCUUCUCUGUGCGCGAGCUAUUGCAGCCGUUGAUUAUCCAGCCGGAGUUUGUGCAAUCGGGUCAAGAGCAUACACCCAACGUGCUGUUUUGAAGUUCGCUAAUUACACGCGUGCAACGGCUAUGGCCGGUCGCUUCACACCUGGAGCUUUCACCAAUCAGAAACAGUCAUGCUACAGGGAACCUCGCCUGCUGGUUAUUAGUGAUCCACUGAGUGACCAUCAAGCGGUCACGGAGGCUAGUUCAGUGAAUGUUCCGGUUAUCGCUUUCUGUAAUACCGAUACACCGUUGACUCGCGUUGACAUUGUCAUUCCUUGCAAUACCAAAUCUACCCAUUCAAUCGCUGUAGUCUGGUGGCUUCUCGCCCGUGAAGUUCGUCGCAUACGGGGUGAAGAUAUAAGGUUGCAACAAUGGAACGUCUUGCCUGAUCUAUUCCUUUACCGUGAUCCAAACGAAGAGGAACAGAAUGUUGAGGAAACGGACGAUGCUAGGUUGGAGCCAGCUAUUCCAGGGGCUGAUGUCGAAGCUGCAGAAACGUGGGGAGUUGAAGCAACUAUGCCUGUUGGAUCACUUGGAGAUAUGGGUAUUCCUGCUGCUGGUUAUGGUUCCGUCGGUGGAGCAGCCGGUGGUUGGAGUAAUCUUGAUGCUGACCCGACGGAAACAUGGUAGUCUUUGGUACUAAUAAAAAAUAAGGUGAAGUA